CUUGCAGGUUAACUUAGUUUUCCUUCUGGCCACUUAAUACAGUAAUUUGGUAGUUUUACCUGGAAAGUUUUCCGGGAGUUUUGAGAAUUGAAUUUUCGAACCCCUGUUACGAUCAAGUAAACACUCGGACAGAACACGUAACUAUAUCGAUGUUCAUAUCUAAAAGUAAAAAACAAUCUUAUCAUUAAUUUUAAUUUAUAUUCCGUUUCCUUCGGCUUUUUUCAUCACACAUUGCAAGAUACUUACAACAUUCACUAAUAUUUUGUUAAAAUGACAACAUUAUCCAGUUUUUUUCUACUACUGUGUAUUAUUGCUGCGGAGGGUCAAAUAUUUCGAAGGCGAUAUGGACCUCCCCCAGUAGAUGUUCCCAUCGGUAGAGCUAGUUCACCCGUCUGGGGUAAUAUAACUCAAAGGGUUGAUCAUUUCAAUCCUGCGGAUAAAAGAACUUGGUCAAUGAGGUAUAUAUACAAUGACGAAUGCUUUAAGAGUGGUGGUCCAAUAGUCAUAAUUCUUGGAGGUGAAUGGACCAUAGCAAUCGAAGGUUUAAUGGCCGGAGGCGUAUACGACAUAGCAUGCGAAAAUGGCGGAUAUAUGUUUAAUACUGAACACAGAUAUUAUGGGAAAAGUCAGCCAAUGAGUGAUUGGGCUACUGAAAAUUUAAGAUACCUUUCCACCGAUCAAGCUCUUGCUGACCUUGCCUACUUUAUUAAAUACCAAAAGGAGAACGUUAAAGCCUUACAAAACAGUACAGUUCUAGUAAUUGGAUCUUCUUAUUCUGCAACACUUGCCACGUGGGCUCGCAUCAAGUAUCCUCAUUUGGUUGACAUUGCUUAUUCCUCCAGUGGCCCAAUUAAUGCAAAACUGGAUUUUUAUGAAUACUAUGGAGUGGUCGGCGACAAUCUGGCUCUCGCUUCAUCGUCGUGUUUUGAGGUUAUUAAAUCAGCAACUUCUGAAAUUGAGACUUUACUUGAAACAGAAGAAGGUAUUGCCAAUGUGUCCAGAUUAUUCAAAACCUGCCAACCAAUAAACGUUACGGAGCCGUCCCGUUCUUUCUUCUUCAACACAAUAGCAGACACUUUUGCAGGAUUAGUACAAUAUGCAGGUCCAGGUGACAUCGAAAGAGGUUGUUUCCAAAUCGAAAAUGCGACAGGUUCUAAUGUAGAAAAAUUGGCUUCGUAUAUCAGAACACAGUAUGGUGACUCGUGCAUGGACUCAUAUAAUACUUAUGUAGAUGAAUACACACCAACUAAUAUCACUACAGAUAUGAGUCGCUUGUGGCUCUAUCAAAUUUGUGCAGAAUUAGGUUGGUUUCAAACUUCGGCAUCCGAAAGGCAACCUUUUGGUAACACGUUUGCUUUGGACUCAUUUACUCAACUCUGUAAAGACUUAUUCGGAGAGAAAUACGGUGAAGAAUUAACUAGUUUUUCUGUGAAAAGAGCAAAUAUUUUCAAUGGAGGUGACGCUCCAGAAAUAUCCCAAUAUAUUUCAGUGCAAGGUAGCGGUGAUCCUUGGUAUCCGGUGGGACUCCUGAAAAAUCUUCAUCCUACGAAACUAGCAUUUUUUGUUCAAGGUUCAUCCCACUCUGCCGAUCUCAGUUCCGUAUCAGAAAGUGAUUCCACGCAGUUGAGACAAACAAAACUUGCAGUACGUGAAACAAUAACGAAAUGGCUGGCCGAAAUAAAGUAAAUAUUUUAGGAACACGUGUAACAAUAACGAUCAUUACAGCAACUUUAUUUCAUU